AUGGCCAGCCAUGGGGACGUCGGCCUUGAAGGCCUCCAGUACAUUAUCAAUCACGUAUUCAUGCCCUUACAGCUCCCCCAGCAGAGCGAUCACAGCGUGCUCAAUGAUUCUGCUUUGGUUUCUCAAACGUACAAAACUGCAAACUCCUUCACGCCAUAUAUUACGCACGACACGCAUCGCCAUGCUUGGGAUCGUGUGGUGGAAAUGUUGAAACACUUGGAGACAUCCUGUUCAACUGAGUUUCUGUCUCGAGAAAUCAUCCUAGAGCAGCUCCGCAGCAUGUCCCCUGGAGAUAUCCGUGUUUUUCUCAUUCGCCGCCAGAAUGCCGCAGUCCUUAUUCGUAAUGAACAUAACGACAUGAUCGUUGAGUCAUGGGAGGCGUCUCCCAUAUCCGAAGCAGUCAUCGCUGCUGCGGGAAAACUCUUAUGGUCCUUUCCAGGUCCAGCUAUAUCCAUUCCUCGGUCAGUCGCUGAUGACGAUGCGUUCCUUGUCGAACUCGCGAAUUUCUUGCAUAAAAUGGACGUAGAAGAAUUUGCCGACGCAAUACCUCACACUGAAAAAGCCGGAUCCUCAGUUCGAGAGACUAGGGAGACCACAGAUCCGCGCUACAUUACGGAGCUUUUGACGAGCAUUCUGCACGGUGCAGGCGAGCGAGCGGAGGUCCCCCAAAUCAGCAAACGCAUCGGCGAUGAUGUGCUCUGGCAGGAUGCUGAGCUUCCCUGGCGACGGACGCCGCUUUGGCUGGUCAUUCGUGUUUCCUUGCAGACUACCCUUGUCCGGAUUACGGAUGGCCAUAUCACCUAUAAAUCUUUCAUCUUGUUCUUGCUGGCCUCUACCCUCGAUCAAGUCCGCCAGAAACACUUCUCUAGUUUCUCGGAUGAUAUCAUCUUUUGUAUGUCGGCGAAGAUGAGCCGUCGACUUUUGAAGCUUGGUUCAGCAGCAUCCCCAGCCGUUACAGAGUUGACGGUCAGCGUUGCUAAGGAUAUUCGAACUGCAUUGGAGGAACGCCACGCUAGUCUUCGACCAAAACCGCUCCCGCCAAUUGAUCUGACCGAGGACGAUUUUGAACGCGAUACCAAUUUGACCCUCCCAAACAGUCGUGCAUAUAUUGAACAGGCCCUAUCACCUUCCCAGCAAGCUGAUUUGCCCACUCCAUUCACUCCUAGUCAUCGUUCUCGCAAGUGUCGCUUUCCGGAAUUCGUCGGCUCAUUGUCCACCACUCUCUCCAACGUAGAUGACGACGAAAAACUCGUCGUUCUCACUGACUUUGAAGCGGCUGUUCACGACUUCGCUGCAGUUGAGGGUUGGCGAGUGAACACACGGGACGCAGACGCUUCGGUUCAGCUCAAGGAUUGCAUGUCUGAGUAUUUCAGUGUUGCCAAGUCCCGCUACGCGGGCGACCCGGAAUGCAUGUCAACUAUGUAUCUGACACUCCUCCUCCUCUGGGUCACUCUUGACUGCCUUGUUGUCGACGAACUUCCCCUCCUUAGCGAUUUUCGUCCCGAAAUCGAAACAAAGCUGUUCGAGCCCCUGGUCCUUCGGACUGAAUGCAUGCGCAAGUUGCUCACCAUUGCAUUGUCUCAUAUAACGGAACGUCACGCAAGAGCGAUAAGCAGACCGGUACUUGAAGGAAGCUUGGAUCAUGCCUCAUUCCCAAUUCGAUACUUCAACACGUCCUCCACGUUACAAGCCCUCAAACAUCGUAUCGAGAAUGAUGCUGAAGCUGCAGAGCGAGAGAAGCGUGACGAACUGCGGGAAAAGGUACAAAAAUACCGGGACCUCACGAAUUCAGCUCAUCGGGAAACCCACGCUGAACAACACUGGCGCUACUACUGCCGCAGAUGCAACCUGGAGAAGGAGGCCGAAAAUAUAUCUAUUAGUAUCUAUGAACGGCCAUUACCGUCCAAUGAAACUCAAGCAAAGAGUGCUGUCUUCGAAAUCGCUUGUCCUACCUCCUUUUCUGCGUGGCGGGAUGCUACAUAUCACCUUUUAUCCGACGUUUUCAACCCUUCAGCUUCGUCAGAAAACUCUGGCCGUUGGUACGGUUUCCUUGACCCGUUCCAUUCCUCUCGGUAUCAACCCCUUUGUCACUAUGCCAAGGCUCCUUUGAACAGCUGUAGACGUGUCACGAUGGGUUCGACGACGAAGUCCUUUCUUCAGACCCACUACAAAAAUGGCUAUCUUGCCUUGCAUGGUUUUCCGGGUACUAGCGAUGUCAUUGUGAAUAAUGGGCUGCGGUUUGAGCUUCUCGACACAUCCAUGGACGUGCCAACUGCAAGUCGGAUCGUCUCCCUCGCUCUGACCAACAGCUGCACAUAUCCGCUCCCUCAAGGCCUAUACUCUAAUCUAGCUUACUCCCUCCGUGGCACCACCCACUCAUCCAAUGAAGUCGUCGCAAAGCAAUCCGAGUGUCAUAAAGAACUGUCCAUCCAUGAAUACUGCGAAUAUGGAAGCAUACGGAGCGGGGAGCGUCUUCAAUGGAUGAAUAUCCUUCGGGUUCUUCGAAGCCGUGCGCUUAACUUUCGUCAGGAAGAAGUUUACACUCUGGGAGUACAGGCAGCGCUGCAAGUUGGGCCUUAUGUCGAGGCUCAGAUGCCAUAUCCUUGGCAUAUCAUUUUGCAGAACAAUACGUUUUGCCAUGCACUCAUCAAAGAGCUGGACCAGCUUCUCAAGAGCAUAGAAGACAACUGGCUUGAGCUCUUCACGGCGCGCUUUAUCAUAGACAUCCUCCUUAGAAUCAUAUCCUCUUAUGCAGGCCAAAACAUCUUUCGGGAGGCUAUCGCAACUCUGCGGUACGCGCGAGUCGUAGUCUUCAAAUGGCUCGACGAAGAGCUUUCACAAGCUCCGGACCGCUCAACGAGUUUAGAAUCGCAAUCGCGCAUACGAGACGCUGCUGCUGUCUGUCUGACUACGUUCGACACAGAAGCACAGCAUAUAGCAUCUCUUCUAUCCUGCUCCGAAGACCUCAAGAUUUACGUUCAGUCCUCUAUCAUCCUUCAUGACUAUACUCCUGGCAGUUUGAAAGGCAUUCCAGGCCACUCCAAACGGCUGCUGACUCGGGUUAGGCGUUUCACUGUCUUUUUAGAACCGUAUAUAUAUGAGCAGACCAAGGCCGACCGGACCGGACUGGACGACGCCAUUUAUGCCAUCUGGGAAAACUAUCGCGCAGAUAAACAUCUUCAUUGGGCUCGCCUAGAUGCCCCGAACUCGCGUUGGAUGACGUGUGCAACGGCGCAGACAAAGGACCAGGCAUCCCAGGCCAUUCACUACAACCUGUUAGACGGAUCUCUUCUGGUUGACGGCCAAUCAUUGGGGAGGUUACCCACGACAAUCACUCGUCACCCUGUGUAUUGUCAAUUGUUCGCUGAGCAAAUUUUAGAAGUUGUCCCCAGUGACCUUCGAGGCAUGAAGUACGCCACCCGGGAUACCAUGGAGAAGCACCAGAUUUUUUUCGCUCUAAUUGACAAUGAACCAGUAAUCAAGAUCAAGCGUAUCGAAGACAAUGCGAUAUUUCAACUCAUCCCAUCGCCGAAGCUCCGCAAUGAUCUACCUCUACCAUUUGUGAACGACCACAUACACUGGCUGAACAUCUCCUCCUGCAUCCUCGAAAUACGGCCGAGUCAUCGCAAAUGGAGUGCCGUAUACGACCGUGAUUGGCGGAUCCAUAUAAGCACCUUAGGCCCAACGACGAUGACCCGGCGAACUGCUUCAAAUAACACGACAUCUCUAGUCGAUUUGUUCAGCCCUACCUGCCGCGCCCUAUCUGAAUACCUGAACGCCAUCGAAUUACCAGCGUAUCAGAUCGUGUCGUAUACUGCGAAAUUCAAACCAGCUCUGCAAGCUGAGCUCGCCCGGUCGGGUUUUGUAUUUUUCAUCGAUGCAGAGAACAAGCUCGAGUCCCGCGAACUGAGCGGCUUCGUCAUCGACAAUGACCAGUUCUCUGGAACGAUGUUAGGUCUUCAAAACCAGCUUGUUCUUCGGCCAAUGGACUCCGGAGCUUCGGGAGAAAUGCGGCGUGUUAUAAUUCCUCGAGGCACCGUAUCCUAUUCAUCCUCUACUCGUACUCGCAUAUCCAUUGAGAACCCGCAACGGAUCACAAGAUUAUCCUAUGACAUAUACAAAGUUGAUACGGACCUUGGCCGUCUCAAGCUCAAUGGGUUUGCGAACACUACAUCAUACUUUUUCAAGGCAUAUCUUCACGCACUCAGUUCUCUCUGUCUCCCCGAUUCGUUGACCCAGCGUACAGGAACCGAAGAGGCUCUUCGUGAGCUUCGCUCGGCUUCUUGCCUCUCUUUCAGUGCUCUGAAGGACGAAGAUGUUACAUUACUCUGCCAAAUUUCUGAGCUCACACCUCGCCGGCAAUACUACCCCCAACAUCUCCGGCGAAUGCAGUCCGUUUCCUGGAGCACUCUUUCUCCACUCGCGCAACAUGAGGAGUUUUUCCAUGCCGUUGGCUCGAUUUUAGCGCACGCCAUGCGUGUCCAUUCUCUGAAUAACACUCAGGUACCGCCUCAGGCGGGCAAGAUUGAGAGUUUUGACGACCAUCUGUAUCGGCGAGCUUGCCUCCGAAGGUUGCCUUUACAGGGGGAUGGCUACGCAAAAGUGCACUGUGAUACGCGCGACGCGGAUAUUCCUUACAGCUCCAGAGCUUGCGUAAUUCGUCGAGACCUUGGUCAAAGGCUUUCCUCGAUUUCCGCUGCAGUGCUUCGCUGGUCAUACGAUGUCUUAACGCUUCCUACAAGAGACUUGUUCUACACCUUGCAGUCGAUCUCUUCAGACACUUCUUUGGCGGGUAAAGACUCGAACGUGACGUCUCUCAGUUAUGAUGCCCUGUGGUUGGUGCCCCCUCACCAGAUUUGGACUACAGCCUUCGAGCUAUGUCGUAAACCCCUCAACAAAUAUCAGCUUGUCUUCACCCUGACGUCAAUGGCAUACUGUGAUCAGUACAAAAACAGACAAGAGCUCUUGAUGACCCUGCUCUGUCUCGCCAGGCUGUCUGAAACGUGCUUGCUCCCUAUCAUACCUUCUCACCCAUCCUUUGUUCUCGAUGAUGGCGUCAACCUAGACCAAGGACGCAUGGAGAGGAUAAUAUCGAGGCACUGCAGACCCUUCAGCGAGACACCGGAGGCAUCAUGGUCGCGGAGUCGAAACGAAACCGACGCAGCUUGCGACCGCCGGAAACACGAGGCUUACUCCAACACCACAUCACAACUCAAGUCAUCAUUACUAGACGUGUUUGUCAUGCAUUGGAAAAGAGGCGAAUCACCCCUCCACCCCGCAGGAAGCUUCUCAAUCUACUUUUACAUGGAAAAUCUUCUGAGGGACGUUCGGGACUUGUUCUGCAGCUGGCGUCGAAAUCAGGAGCUUCAGGCUCACUCCAACGACGUCCAAGCAAAGUUAGAUCAAAUCUCUUGGAAUACAUACCUAAAGAGCGCGUUUUCUGUCUUCCCUCCAGUCAAGCGAAGAGACGAUGGCCUAGCAACGGGAAUAUCCUAUGAUGAUUUGUAUUCCAGAAAACCUCGCAAGCUCUGGCUUCCAAAUCUGCUUCUUCCUCAACACUUUUCUCAUGAUUCUAUAAACACCAAUUCAUUUACAGAUGUUUGUCUGGGGUCACUUUUGGCUCGGAUUCGGCAGCAAAGACGUGGUCCUCCUUUUGACGCGUACACUGAUGGUCUAGAAAGCAGUCGGCUCGCCCUUGAAAGCCACUCAACACGUCAAUGGGACGUGGAUGAACCGGACCUCUACGAUAUGGCUCAAGAGGAUCUUCAUCAAUGCCAGCAGCGCUUUGCCGCAUCCUGCCACGCCCUCGUGCAAAGUCUGAGGCCCGUCACACCACAUGAACAGGCGCUGUCAUAUUCAGGACUGUGGCCAAACGUUUCCGUGAUUCCUCUGUUACAAAACCUAGCAUUGCCUGGACACCGUUCGCUGCCAGCCGAGUGGUCAGCAUCGCUACAAGAUUUUGCUCGUAUUAUCAUUGCAUUGCAAACCAGUCGACGUCGAGCUCUGAUGACUAAACAUGGUCAAUACAACGACUUGCUUCGCGACUUGGAACACACCAAGGAUGGGAGAUGUAUGACUGUUUGCCCAGACUGGCUGCUUAUCCAAAUCGAUGCAGAUUUCACGCUUAGGGACGUACAGUAUCAGGUGGCCCAUCAGAUGUUGUCAGAGGGUUCCAACCAAAGCAUCACUUUGCAGCUCAAUAUGGGCGAAGGAAAGUCGUCGGUUAUCGCCCCUUUAGUCGCGUCUUCUGUGGCUGACGGAGUCAAGCUUGCCCGGAUGAUUGUUCUUAAAACUCUAGCUCCUCAGAUGGCUCAGACCAUGCACGAUCGACUCACGGGACUUACAAACCGGCGACUCUACUUCCUGCCAUUCUCUCGUUCCACAGACCUUGAUAUGACGACACUCAGGUACAUCGAGGAGAUUGUGAAAGAAUGUUCGAUGAAGGGCGGGAUUCUGAUCAUUCAGCCGGAACAGAUUUUAUCUCUUAAACUUCGAUCUGUCGAAUGCCAACUUUCAGCGGAUGAUACAUUGUCCAGAUCCUUGACUCGCACCCAAAAGUUUCUCUUUCAAAACGCCAGGGAUAUCCUUGACGAAAGCGACGAAAUCUUGCACGUGAGGUAUCAACUUGUGUACACCGCUGGGGACCAUCAACGGUUGCAAGGUCAUCCUCAUCGCUGGACAACCACCCAAGAACUUCUUCGUCUGGUUCGCAACCACCUUCGUCGGUUAUUCACACAAUUCCCAUCCGCCUUCUCCGUUCAAGGUCUGACUGCCGAUAACGAGCAUGAGGCGUCCGCUUUUCCGAGCCUACGACUGCUCGAUUCUCCUUCCGACGCUGCUCGAGAGUUCCAACGCCUCAUUGUUAGCGAUAUUAUGCGAAACCGACUGCCAGCUUGCAAUUUCGUGCACUUCGACGAAGAGGACAAAAACGUUCUACAGCGUUUCAUCUCGUCGCGUCAAAUCUCCGAGAACGAUGAACGCCUUUUGCUGGACAUGCGGACCCGAGGAGUGGUGGACGAUUUAUUCUGGAAUUCGAUGUUGCUACUGAGGGGACUUAUAGGGUUCGGAGUCCUCACAUUCGCGUUGAGCGACAAACGAUACCGGGUUGAUUAUGGCCUCGAUCCACAGAGGUCCAUGUUGGCGGUGCCCUAUAGAGCUAAAGACGUUCCAUCAACGAACGCAGAGUUCGGGCAUCCCGACGUAGUUGUGCUUCUGACCUGCCUCAGCUACUACUUUGCAGGGCUUUCGGACCCUCAGCUCGAUACCUGUGUUAGAUUCCUUGGCAGCCUUGACAACCCAGAAUCAGCGUACGAGAAGUGGACGUCCCUCGUGGACGGCUCGGUCCUCCCUCAAUCUCUGUGGUCUUUUAAAGGGCUGAAUUUCGAAUCGGCGGAACAACGAAGAGUUAUUUGCAGUAUCUUCCGUUACAAUCAGGCUACCAUUGAUUUCUACCUUCGGGCUGUGGUCUUUCCUCAAGAGGCGAAAGAGUUUGAGAGUAGGCUUGCCUGUUCUGCAUGGGAUAUAGUUGAGCCCAAGGUUAACAUCACUACCGGGUUUAGUGGGACCAAUGACUUCCGCCAUUUGUUACCGACGUAUACCAUUCAACAAGACCCUGACCACCAGCUCUCCACCAACGCUCGUGUGCUCAGUUACCUGCUGCGUGGUGAAAACAACUACUACGAGACUUUCCCUUUCCCAAACGGUUUGCGAUUUGUGGAGAUGCUAGCUGGCCAAAAUCCCAAAGUCCGCAUGUUGCUUGACGUUGGCGCACAGAUGUUGGACGUCAAAAACAGGGAUUUGGCCCAACACUGGCUUCGAUGUGAAUCAGAGCAGACCACUAUGGCAGCUAUCUAUGUCGACGACAAGGAUGAGCUCACUGUAUUACAUCGAGAUGGACACGACGAACCACUUUCAGCCUCUCAUGUCAACCAGCAUCUCGGACAGUGCAUUGUUUACCUCGAUGAUGCGCAUACGCGUGGUGUCGACAUCAAGUUACCAGAAGGUUUUAGAGCUGCUGUCACCCUGGGACCAAGGGUCACUAAGGAUCGGCUUGCCCAAGGCUGUAUGCGCAUGCGUCGUCUUGGCGCCGGGCACACCAUUUGUUUCUUCGCCCCUCCAGACAUCGACAGGAAUAUUCGGCGCGUUGCUGAGAAGGCAGAGGGCACUCAAAUCACAGUCGAAGACGUGCUCCUCUGGGCCAUCACAGAGACAUGCCACGAGCUCAAGACAAGGGCACUUCAAUGGGCUCAUCAGGGCAUUGAUCACCAUGCCCGCUACGACACUUGGUCUCAUUUUCUUGACGCGGAAACCCCGGGGCAGCCGGUUAUCGACCAUCUUCGGACAACGUGGCUUCAGCAAGAGGCACGUACGCUCGAAGAGAUGUAUGGAAUACACGCGAACACGCCUACAAAUACCCUGCAAACCAUUGCGAGCUCGCCCGUCAUCUACGAUCGCUGCCUCCAGCUGGGGCUGACUCCCUCUACUCCCGAACAUGCAGCUAGACUCGACGAAGAGCAAGAGAGAGAGGUUGCACAUGAGAUCGAACGUGAAGAACAGGUCGAACGGCCACCUCCCAAAUCGCCUGCUAAGCAUCAAUUGCACCAGGACGUGAUAGCUUUCGUCACGACAGGCCAUCUUCGGCCAGGAUCAUCUGCUUUUGUCAAGGCCUUCUCGCUGUUUUCUAGCACUCAGGCUGAGCUUCCUGAUGCAUGGUCCGGGGAUCUUUGGGCGACAAGAGACUUUGCAACCACCGUUGUCUCAAACAUCAGAGAGAAAGAAUUCUUCCGUCCCGUCCACUGGGUUCUCUCUAACGUCGGUUUCAUGACCGAGACAAACGUAGCUUUCAUCAUCCUUAGCCCAUAUGAAGUAAACGCGCUCCUUCCAAGCAUCACCCAGUCAACGAAGGUCCACCUACACGUCUUUACGCCGCGACUCACCCAAGAAAUACAACCCUGCGAUGAUUUUAGCCUGUUUAAUAUCCCGUCCCUGCAGCCGUUGAAUUAUGUGCUGCCUGAAAUCCGCAUGCAGCUCGCGCUUUUCUCUGGUCAGCUCUACCUAGAAAACUCUGACGCCUAUCUUCAACUGUGCAAGUUCCUUGGUGUGGUUGCGGAAGAUAUCGCGGACCAACACAUCAAGGCUCUUCCAGAUGGUUUCGUGCAACCCUCCCAACGUCCUCCUGGAAUUCGGAGCGAAACACCAUUCACCCGCACUCCUAUUCUAGCUCUCGCCGAGUUGAUGAACAUCCGACGGAAAGGAAUGAGCUUUGACGAGACUCAUAUCGGAAAGAUAAUCAACGCUAGGCCAGUCUCUCAGCAGGAUUUCCGUGAAAAUGGCUCAACUUGAAGGCGGGAUCGUCUACCGACUCGUUGGGGUUUCUCUUAUCAAUCGUUUCUGGAGCACUUUUUUGUAGCCUCGUUAUUUACGAUAGCCAGCAUAUCUAGGGCCUGUGUAUGUACAUGUAGUUCAUAAAACGAAUGUGACUUGAAAUUGGUAACGAAUUCAG